AUGGCCGCCAAAGUAUCUAUUCCCGAGUUCCAGGCGACGGCCUUGGAUGACAUCCCGGGAAUCGCCAGCGCUGCUCGCGGCGCCUUCCGCGUUCACAAGACCAAGAAGUUGGAGUGGCGCCAGCUUCAGCUGCGCAAGCUGUACUGGGCCAUGGAGGACUACCAGCCCCAACUCUUGGCUGCGCUCAUGCAGGACUUGCACAAGUCCGACUUCGAGUCCAUACUUAUGGAGCUCGACUGGGUCAAGAAAGACUGCCUGUUCAUGCUCGACCACCUCGAAAAGUUCGCCAAGGACGAGAAGCUGGGCUCGCCCCAUGUCCCGGCGACCUACUCGUUCAUGAAGUUCCGCGUCCGGAAGGAGCCCCUGGGUGCCGUACUCAUCAUCGGUCCCUACAACUUCCCCGUCCAGCUUCUUCUCGCUCCCUUGAUCGGCGCCAUCGGUGCCGGGUGCACCGCGGUCCUCAAGCCUUCCGAGCUGACACCUGCAUGCGCCAUGGUGAUCAAGGAAAUGGUCGAGAAGACGCUCGACACGAGCGCUAUUGCUGUGGUCAACGGCGCAAUUCCCGAGACGAACGCGCUCAUGAACGAGAAAUGGGAUAAGAUCUUCUUCACGGGCAGCGCCGCGGUCGGCACCAUCAUCGCAAAGAAGGCUGCCGAGACCCUCACCCCCGUGGUCCUCGAACUGGGCGGCAAGAACCCCGCUUUCAUCUCUAAGAACGCCAAUCUGGCUCUGGCUGCGAAGCGGUUGCUCUGGGGCAAGACCGUGAACGCGGGCCAAGUCUGCCUGUCCCAAAACUACGUCCUCAUCGACAAGGACCUCGUCGAGACCUUCAUCACCUUCCUCAACCAGGCGUACAAGGAGAUGUUCCCCAAGGGCGCCCAGGCCAGCCCGGACCUGGGGCGGAUCGUCAACCAGAGGCACUUCCAGCGCCUGAAGAAGAUGCUGGACGACACCCGGGGCAGGAUUGUCAUGGGCGGCGGCAUGGACGAGGCGGACAAGUUCAUCGAGCCGACCGCUGUGCUCGUGGACUCGGUCAACGACCCGAUGAUGCAGGAAGAGUCGUUUGGGCCCAUAUUCUCCAUCUACCCGGUGAACUCCCUUGACGAGGCGAUCAACGUCGCGAACACGGUCCACCGCACGCCGUUGUCUCUGUUUUCGUUUGGCUCCAAAGCGGAGCACCAGAGAAUCCUCAACGAGAUGACGUCGGGCGGCGCCACCCUCAACGACGCAUUCUUCCACGCAUCUGUGAACACGGUGCCCUUCGGCGGCGUCGGCGACAGCGGCUGGGGCGCGUACCGCGGCAAGGCGAGCUUCGACUGCUUCACGCACUUCCGCACCAUCUCGGAGACGUCCUCGUGGUCCGAGAAGCUCAUCGCCGUGCGCUACAUGCCGUUCGACAUGUCCAAGCUCAAGAUGCUCGCCCGCUUCACCAAUGGGAAGCCCAACUUUGACCGCAACGGCAAGGUCGUCAAGGGCUUCGGGUACUGGGCCGCCAUGCUUUGUGGCCUGGGUGGCAAGAGCGCUAAAGGUGCGUUCGUGAGGUGGAUGGUUGUUCUUGUGGCCCAUUAUCUUUACACAAACGGGGUUGGGAACUAG